CCUCCGCGGGAGAAGGAAGCUUGGGGAUCUCUCCUACGCUGGGGCUUUUUUGCUCCCUGAAUUCCAGCCCCUGUUCUCCGGCUCCACUGGGCAAGGUCCUCUGGCUGCAGAGCCUUUUCAUCUUCCCCCAGCACAGAAACCAGUUGCUAGGCCCCAAAGAAAACAAGCCAACCGAGAAGAUGUGGAAGGUGCCAGUUCUGCUCUUGGUUUUGGGAAGCGCGUGGCUCUGGGACCCGGCAGAAGGAGCCAGCACAGUCCGGCCAGAAGAUGACGUAACACCAGGUGUCGAAGAUAGCGUGGUGACCCUAGGGGCAGAAGAUAACGUGAUGACCACAGGCACCAGUGAAGAGCCUUAUGAGUCUGGCUUAACAGCUCUGGUGCCAAUAAAUACAGAGAGUGUGACAGACUUUCACUUAGAGGAUGGACCGACUCAAGAAAGCACAGUCCAUGCCAGAGAAGAGAGCCAGAGCACCACAGCCUUGAAUGUAGUGACUCAUCACUCUGUAGAGAAAGUAGAUGAAGAUACAGAGACAACACUUGAGAAAGAUGGCCUGGCAACAGUGACCCUGGUUGGAAUUAUAGUUGGAGUCUUACUAGCCAUUGGAUUCAUCGGUGGGAUCAUCAUUGUGGUUGCUCGAAAAAUGUCAGGAAGGUACUCGCCCUAAAGUGCUGAAGAACUGUGCCCUUCUACCAACACUUUUUUAAAAGAGAGUUUCCGACUUCCCCGUCCCUGAGCGCGUGGGAGGAGAUGACCCAUGGAAAUCGCUUGGUGAUCCCAACUCCAAAUCCAUGGCGAUCCCUCCGCCUGCCAAAAGUAACCCAGGGAAAGGCAAUUCACGAGACUUGCUCCUCUAGGCAUUUUGUCUUUUGAAAAUACGUUUAAAUAUAAAUUUUGUAAAAGAUGAUUUAAAAGACAAAGUGCAUAGAAAAUGGAGCAAAGCAAUGUAAACUGAUUUGUAACUAAGACAAAAUAUAAUUUAAUCGAUGCUUGAAAUUAUAAUCCUGUCUCCGUUCUGACCAUUCUCUGUUAUUGUUAAAAUGCAAUCAAGUCUGGAAAUAUUUAUACCAAUGGAGUCCCUGAGUUUAGUACCAUGUCCGUGAGCGGCGUCAGCAUUCUGCAAUCUCCGCUCUGUUGAAAUGUACACAUUCCAAUCUAGUCUGGUCUGUUGUGGAAGCCUAAUUUCAUGUGAAUAAUCAAGUAGAAAAUCUAAACUUGUAUAAUAUGUAAUGAGCAACUGCCUUUCACUGGCCCUUUGAAAUAAAUCAUUUCAAAGGCCCCCAUGUUAGAGUACAAACAGGAAGUCUACGGUUUGGAGAAGGGAUUUUGUUUCUCACAAUAAGGUCAUGGGGCAGGCUCUAGGCUGGCUUAUUGCCUUCUCCAGCAAUGACUUGGUGACUCAGAGAUUUGCUCCCACCUGCCGUCUCCUCUUCCCUCAGAUGAUGAGCCAGAGCUCCUGGAACAGCCUUUUCUCUUCCCAGGACCUAAGCCCUUCAGAUUGGCUGUUUUGUUCUGGAAUAUGGAAGUCUUAGCCCUGGAUGCCAGGGAGACUGCUGGAGGCCCAAGGGUGCCUGAGGCUCAGAUGUUCCAGAAAUCAAGCACUAUGGCGUUCCCCAAACAGAAGGAAACCCUGUGUGUCUCUCUGGCCUGAUUACUUUCUGCCUCAGAGGAAACAUGUGGGACACAAAAAUAACCCUGUAAGAUAGUAAUUUUAAGAAAGCAGGUGGAAUUUAAAGACUGGACGUAAAAAAUAAAAGAAAUUCUGUCUCCGUGACACAUCCCACACACUUCCGUGGGGUCAUCAUUGAAAAGAUCACCAGAGUAAAGGAACCCACGCUACCAUAUGGGGCGGGCAACCAUCCAGCUCAGUACCUUUUCUGUAGUUCAGCUGCCUUCUUUUUCCCAAACACAAAGUUUUUAUACUGAGCAGGUGCUUUGUCAUGAUUGUAGUUGUGCAGGUCUGAUAUCCUCUCAACUUGUACGAAAAAGUAAACUAUCCUUUGGAAAAGCACCGCCCAUUCCUCUCUUUCUUGCAGUAACGCGGGGAUGUUAUGUUAAACAGCGUGCCCUUCUGUUACCCAACUCUGGCUGGUCCACCAACCCGGGGUCCGUAUUUGAACAUCCGCUGAUUGAGAGAAGGGGCUUUAGAAGGGCUUUGUGUGCUUACAUAUCCUUCUAUUUCAUCGCCCAGAUUCCUGAACGGGAGUUGGGGACAAAGUCCGUUUUGUCUUGCGUGUCCUUUCUUUUUUUUCUCUCACUGUGAACAAUAACUUUCCGCCCCAAGUCAUACACUGGACCCGCCACCUGCUGGGACAGGACUGUGGGUUUCUUGGUCACAUCUGUGUUGGUGCUCAAUGCAGUGUAGAUGUGUUUUAAAAUAAAAAACAGAUGAUUG